CUCACUCUCAGUGCGCUGUUGCCAACCAGCAUGCUGCGGAUACUGUCGCUCAAAUUUGGCCGCGUCUACCGGUGCGGCAAGUUCCUCUUCAUCGUAGCUCUUUUUGUGAUCCUGCUGAUGAACACUCACAACCUCUUCGCCUCUUUCCAGAGAAACGAGCUCACCGACCGGCGAUUCAUCGGCCUCAACAAGUGUCCGGCCUGCUUUGGCACUAGCUGGUGCCGCAAGUUCAUGAACGGCCAGGUGACCUUCGAGAUGUGGGGUCGCCUGCGCUUCCUAGACUUUUUCAACGUAAAGAACGUUUAUUUCGCUCAAUACGGAGAACCCAGGGAAGGAACGCGCAGGGUCGUGCUCAAACGCCUGGGCUCCAACCAAGAGCUCGCAGAGAUCGAUCAGAAGAUCUGCAAACGGGCCACUGGAAGACCUCGCUGUGAUCUCAUUCAGGGUAUGUACAAAACGGAGUUCGCCCGACUUAACGGGGACGUAAGGCUGCUGACCCCAGAGGUGGUGGAGGGCUGGUCGGAUCUGGUGCACUGCCCCUCGCAGAGGCUUCUGGACCGGGUGGUCAGGAGGUACGCGGAGACCAAGGACUCUGGAAGCUUCCUGCUGAAGAAUCUUAAGGACACGGAACGAAUGCAGCUGCUGAUGACGUUGGCGUUCAACCCUGAGCCGCUUGUGCUGCAGAGUUUUCCCUCUGAUGAGGGCUGGCCAUUCGCCAAAUACCUGGGGGCCUGCGGCCGGAUGGUGGCGGUGAAUUACGUGGGCGAGGAGCUCUGGAGCUUCUACAAUGCACCCUGGGAGAAAAGAGUGGAUCUGGCCAAGCAGCUGAUGGACAUCGCCGAGCAGCUGACCAACAACGACUUUGACUUUGCCCUUUACCUCCUAGACGUGAGCUUUGACAACUUUGCAGUCGGGCCUCGUGAUGGAAAAGUCAUCGUCGUCGAUGCAGAAAACAUCAUAGUGGCAGACAAGAGACUGAUUAAGCAAAAUAAACCAGAGAACUAUGACGUGUGGUACGAGAGCCGCUACGAGGAAUGCGACAAAGAGGCCUGUCUCUCCUUCUCCAAGGACAUCCUCUGCUCUCGAGUCACCGUGGACCACAACUACUACGCUAUCUGUCAGAACCUGCUCUCCAGAUUCGCCACCUGGCGUGGUACCACGGGCGGUCUCCUCCACGACCCCCCUGCCGAUGUGGUCAAAGACGGCCGCCUCACGGCCCUGCUGGACGAGUGCACCCGGCCUCAGAAACAGUACGGUCGCUUCCAGGCAGCUAAAGAAUUGCGGGAGUUCCUGACACAACUCACACAGCUGAGCAAUACUAACAGGUAGUGUCCAGAACAGGGGACGUUCUGUGCCCCCCACCCCCACCCCCACUCAAAAAAGACCUCUGAAGUACUUUUACAAAUGUGCUACCAGAUUCUGGAACACAUUCGUUCACCUUCAAGGGAGUCGCUAUUUCGUUGCCUCUAUCAAUCAUGCCAACAUUGGCUCCAGUCCUAUUCGGGGCUAAUUAAAGAAGUUUGCACAUGAGCAUGGAUUAAAGGGUCAUGUGAAAAUCAGCAGAAUACAGGCUCAAACUGCUGUGAUCACACUUGUGUUUGUGUGUGUGAAAGUUGAUUGUAAUAUCUGAUGUUUCAGUGAAUACCCUUGCUGCUAUUACAGGUUCUGAUCAGGAUCCUGUAAUACGGUUUCUAAUUAAUUAAGAAAUUGGGUGCUGUAGGUGCACCGUGAGCAGGGGUUAUAACUGAAGUGACACAGGGAGCUUUGUUUAUGUUUGGGUGAAUCUUAACAAAAACAUGUCCAGGUCAUGUUUUAAUCCAAAAUAAAACAAACAAAC